GUCUUUAGUUCUCGAUAACCUUCGGUAAUCGCACAUGUCCUGAAUUUCACAUGCUUAUUUUAAAGCACUUAAACCGACUUAAACGUUAUCAUUCAACUGUUCAGGAGGCGCCUAGCGCACUCUUAACGUCAUGCUUCAGAAUGGACCUCUCCCUCAAAUGUCUCAGGAUUAUUUUCAAUGUUUGUGACACAACCAAAUUAAGACUACCUUUAUUACUACUUUGUUCAUCUGUAAAUUUUUGAGCGGAAGAUACUUGUCGAAUUGAGAGGUAUCUAAAAACUACAGAAACUGCAUGGAGUCGAAUAUGUUCGAUAAUAGGGGAAGAUGAAACAGCAAUACAGAUGUCUAUGUUUAAUCCUAUCUGUAUCAUUAGUUAAAUCGAGAGAGGCUCCAUCGACAUCAACAUGGUACCCUGGUAUGGAUGUUCUUCAUAAAGAUCCGAGAGAUAUCGAAAAUGAUCUCAAGCAAUGGAAAAUUAUUCCUGACCUAUUAGACGAAGUUCCCAUGCUGCCGAUGCAGGUGGAGUGGUAUGGUGGUCCUGAAGCACUUUUUGGAAAUGAAAUUAAUUCAACUGUUACAAAAACUGAACCAUUUUGGGCAGGUUGGAAUGCAAAUGUCACGGAUUUCUACACUAUGAUACUCACAGGUCUUGAUGAAAAAUUCAAGGAACAUACAUUGCACAGAGAAAAACAACACUGGAUCGUAGGCAAUAUUAAAGAGUACGAUUUUGCAAAGGGAGAAUAUUUGACCGAAUACAUUGGCCCAAAUCCACUUGAAGGCAAAGGAUAUUUUAGAUAUGUAUUCCUAGCAUAUUGGCAACCUCAUAAAAUAGAGUUUAAUGAAACAAAAAUAACGUCCACGCAAAAUAAUCAUCUGCGGUCAAAUUUUUCUAGUAAAGCAUUUGCGGAGAAGUAUGAUUUAGGGAAACCAACAGCAGUGAACUUCUUUCGAACAAGACAUAUUGUAGGCAGCUAGUCAAUCACAGAAUAUUAUCUUUUGUACAUAAAUAGAUGCAAUUUUGAGUAAAUUUAUACUUUUAAUACCCGUAUUCAAA